AAAUGGGACAUGUGUUUUGAAUUUGUUGGUAAUAAUUAUUUGUAUAAUUAUUUAAAUUAGUUGGAAGAUGUGGUCCGCGUAUUUGCGUAAAUAUAUGCUGCGAGUAAAUCAGUCGUUUAUGAAAAGAAUUGUGAGAACUUCGCACGACGAAUAUUCUUCCAAGUCUUCUCCUGAGAGCCUUACAAAGCAGAAUAAAGAGUUAUCACAAAAAAUACCAAGUGCCCGGUCGAUCGCAGCCAAAUACCAAAUAUUUCAAGAUGAAGAUUCACCAAUUAUCCUAGACGUAGAUGAAGAACGAAAGAUGCAGCAUAGCGGCAAAACACAAACACAACCGAUUGCUGACCCUUUCGAAAUGUACGAAGGAAUCGAUUUUAUCCGUGGUGAACAAUAUGUUUUUGAGAUACACGAUUUAGUUUCCAUCUUGAAACUGAACAACGCAAUCAAUGUUUUUGUUUGCUCCGUUCCAAAAGAGAUCAAGUAUGUUGACUAUUUGUGUAUUGUGUCUGGUCGGAAUAAAAAACACAUGCUAGGAAUAGCACAGUUCGUGAGAAAAGUGUAUAAAAUGAAACAACUUCCGCACGAAUUUAUUCCCAAAAUAGAAGGAGAAUCCUCCAGCGACUGGAUGGCACUAGACCUUGGGAAUAUUUCAUUGCACAUUUUUUCCGCCAAAGCACGCGAACAUUACGAUUUAGAAUCACUUUGGACCGUUGGUAGCGAGUACGAUGGAGAAUGUAAUAAACCAAAUAAGGGGCUUGUUGAGCUGUUUGAGAAACAUACAAUAUAUCUGAAGGAUCUGAAGACACUUGAACCAAGAAGAUCAGUUCCUUCGUCGUCUUCCAAAGUUACUUAAAUGUGUAGAUUCCUUGAGUAUCAGUUGUUACAAUUCGUUCGUUCUGGCAUAUCACACUGGCGCCUAAUGUAAAAGGCGCCUGUGUCGACUUUGCUAUGUUUGAUUGGAUUUACAACUGUAAC